AUGAGUGCUAAAGCAAAAAUUAUUAGCAGUUCACCUCAAAGUUGGACAUUACUUUUCUAAAUAUUGUUACAAAAAAAGUAUAGACUAAAUCUAGAAUAAGGAUUAAAGGAAAAUUUGGAUGAUCCAGGUGAAAUUCAAAUUUUAUUACGUCACUUAAGAAUGAAAAUCAUACUAAACAGUAUGCGUUUAAAUGGAUUAAUUCUUAGAUUAUUUUAGCGGUGUAUAGUUGAAAUUGAAAAAUUAAAAACGAAAACUCUUCAAUUACGUAAAUUUCGGUAGAAAAAUAGCUUUGAAGAUUUGAAAUAUCGCUUAUAAAAUUUCUAAGUGGGUGAAUCAGGAAAUUUGUUAUAGAGAUAGAUAUCGCUUCGAGCUAUAGGGGGAAAAAAACUUAUUUAAUUAAGUCCUUAAUCCAAAAGAUAAAAAGUAAAUUUUAUCACUCUUUUAGAGAAGAAAGCGCUUUUACGCAAAAUCUAAAAUCAAAAAAUCCUCAAGAAGAAAACUCCUAAUAAUAACAAAGCAGCAAGCAAUUUCCUCGGAAAAAAAUAAAAGAAGAAGAAGAAAACUUCAGAGCCUGCUAGAAGCCUAAUGAAUAUUGACGAGAUAAAAUAUGGCCUUUUUGUGAGUAUUGUUGAAGACUAAAAUUAACGUUUUAUUAAUUUAUUUGAAAGAGAAAAUGUAGACAUUGAUAGCUAUUUAAACAAAUAUAACUGGACUGCUCUCUAAACUGCCGCUUAUACCGGCAACUUAGAGAUAGUUAACUAUUUGCUCAGUAAAGGAGCUGACUUGACUAUCACUAAUAAGAGAGGUAUGAGCGCCAUGGACAUGGCCAUGCAAAGCGGUCACCUCCAUCUUGUUGACUUACUUAAUCCUACUAAUUAUUGUUCUAAUUUUGGAAAUUAGAUCUCAUCCUAAUCUUCAUCUUUUAAUGAUGAUAACACCCUUUAGCUCUCUUACGACGAAAGCUCUUAUUCCAACUGA